AUGGCAACCCAUCCCAAGACCACACCUAUUGCUGUUAUGGAAGAGAAGCAGCCAACGAGGGAGGCUGACAUCGAAAACCUCCUCAGACGACUCUUUUGCGUGCGAUGGCAAAAGGAAAAGACUCAUGGGCAUGACAAUGGCAAACAACCAUCCCAUGCGAAGGCGCGCAAGAAGUUCGAACACCUAGCCAAAAAUCGACGUUCUCAUCAGGCGGUUGCUAGGGCCGACGAAUUCUGGAACUCUUGCAACUCUCACUUCCAUGCCAUUCAAUCCGAGUUGCUUCAAGAGGAUAAGAGCAGCAGAGACAUGUCCAAUUCAGCUGUGAGGGCUCUUUCAUCCAAACUCGAGUCCAACGAUGCAAAAGUAAUCUUCAAAGCAAGUGACUUUCGGCUGCUGAACAAGAUUGGCAAAGGUGGCUAUGGCUCUGUUUACAAGGCUCUCCACCAACCAACUGGUCAUAUCGUGGCACUCAAGCAGCUGGAUCGUGACUCCAGCUCUGUGGAGACGCACGAUCACCGCAUGCUGCCACUGGACUGUGGAGUGGUCCCGUGCUAUGGGACUUUUCGGGCAGCCGCAGCAGCUGAAAACAAUGAAACAACAAACAUAUUGAAAGCAGACCUCAGACACUGGAUGGUUCUCAAGCUGUGCAGUGCUUCUCUCAGAGAUAGACUCAGAGCCGAAUCUGGACCCCUUCCCAAUAAGGAGGCAGCCAUGAUCCUUCGAAAAGUUGCCAAGACGGUCAUGUACCUCUAUUACACACAUGGGAUUGUCCACAAUGACAUUAAGGCAGAAAAUAUUCUGUUUGAUGGGGAUGGGCACUCCAUUUUGUUGUGUGAUUUGGGUGUGGCACAAAAGUGUCAGCAACAGCAGCAGGAACGGCCUGGAGGAGCAUACAGUCACAUGGCUCCAGAGAAACUAGCAGCCCGCAAAGGUGCUACUGGUGGAGCAGCAAGAUACCACAAUGACGAAAAGAUUGAUGUUUGGUCGAUGGGUGUGCUGCUUCAUGAAAUGGUGUUUCGUGCUCAUCCAUUCGAAGAAUUCAAGGAUGUCGCCAACUGCCCCACCAUCCACGGAGAAGAUGACGACUCGACAAAACUGGACAGGCUGAUGCAAGCCUACAAUACGCUCUCGCUUCCCAAGCAAUGCAACACAGGUGCAGACGGACUACUGUUAAAGGACAUGCUUCAGUCGCUUCUUGCAGUUCAGCCCAAUGAGCGCACAUCAUUGACCAGCCUUGUGGAUCAUCCUUGGAUGAAACGUCAUGGAACGUUGGGUGACCGCGCAGUCAUCAAGGUGCAAUCUGGGUUAUCCGCCAUCAACAACCUCAUCCAGAGGUGCAACCCAAAGGGCAGUUGUGCCGCCAUGGCUGGCAAGAAACAACUCGAGGCCAAAGUGGCGCCAUCCUGUAUGGCCAGUGCGAAUACCUGGGCCAGUUUUUCAUCGCAGUCAACAAGCAUUCAUUGA